AUGUCUUCCGCUGCCAACACCUGCGUCGCCGCCGCCGCCUCCUCGGCCGCCGCCGCGACGCUCCCUGCCGCCUCGACCACCUCCACCACCGCUGCGAUGGCAUCCUCUUCGUCGCGGCCCCUUGUGUCGCCGUUCCUUGCGGCGCUUCUUGAUGGCCGCACGCCGCCAUCGCUCAGCGGCGCCCCGAUCACCACCUCGGCUGGUCUCUUCCUGGGUGCUGCCCCUCGUGCUCCGUGGCCGUUUGCCUCGGCCGCUGCGUCGGUGCCUGCCGUGGUCGGGCCGCUCCAUCUGUCGGCUGCUUCAUCAUCGCCUGCUGUAGCCGAUUCGAUCGCGGUCCUUCCUCCUUCGUCUGGCGGCACCGGGCCGAUCGCGGUCCCUCCUCCAUUGCCUGGCGUGGCCGGGCCGAUCGCGUCCGCGUCGUCCCCCACACUGGCUCCAGGGACGGCCGCUCUGGCUCCGUUCGCCGCUGCUCCGACACCCGCCUCCUCGUCCACCGCUGCCCUGGCCUCGACGCACAUACCAUAUGGUGCGGGCCUCUAUGGGCAGCCCCUCUUCUGCGGCGCCCCGCCCAUGGCCUAUGGUGCCCACUCCCCACCUCCGGCCUUGGCCACGCCUCCAGCAGCCUAUGUGCCGCCUGCCCCUGUCACACAUGAGGCUGGCCCCGUGCGUGACCCGCCGCCUGUCCAUCUGGCACAUCUUGUGACCGUCAAGCUCAACCCUGACAACUACCUGGUGUGGCGAGCUCAAGUGCUCCCCCUUCUGCGUAGCUACUACCUUGACGGCUAUGUUGAUGGCACCAUCCCGUGCCCACCACCUAUGGUACAUGUGCUUGCUCCUGAUGGUACACCAAUGGCGAUACCAAACCCGGCUCAUCGGCAAUGGACGGCGCAGGAUCAGGCUAUUCUCAGCGCUAUCCAGUCCUCUCUUAUGCCGACUGUGGCGGGCAUGGUUCUCUUUGCUGCAACCUCGCACCAGGCCUGGAGUACCCUUGAUGCCAGUUUUUCUUCUCAGUCCCUGGCGCGGUCCAUGGCUAUUCGCAAUAAACUUGGUGAUCUCAAGAAGCUGGAUAAAUCUGUGACGACUUACUACAAUGAGGCGAGGACUAUAACUCUCUUGUAG